UGGUCGAGGAGAGGCAGCGCGAGGUGCGUGACUUGCUCGAGAAGUUCGACCAGGUCCUCGACGAGCCCAAGGGAUUUCUGCCGCACCGGGAGUUCGACCACCGCAUACCUUUGGUCGAGGAGGGUCGAGCAGUGCACGUGCAUCCCUAUAGGUACGUGCACUUUCAGAAUUCAGAGAUCAAGCGGCAAGUGGGCGAGAUGCUCGAGUCCGGGCUCAUCCAGCAUAGCACGAGCCCGUUCUCAUCAUCGGUGCUGCUCGCAAAGAAGAAGGACGUCACGUGGCGGUUCUGCACGGACUACCGCGCUCUCAAUGCAGCUACCGUGAAGGAUCGCUUUCCUAUUCCGAGCGUCGACGACAUGCUGGACGAGUUGGGUGGCGCGCGCUACUUCUCCAAGAUCGACUUGCGCGCGGGCUACCAUCAGAUCAGGUUGGCCAAGGAGGACGUGCCCAACACGGCUUUUCGCAUGCACCACGGGCACUACGAAUAUCUCGUAAUGCCUUUUGGCUUGUGCAAUGCACUGUCGACCUUUCAGUUUGACAUGAACUCGAUUUUUAAAAGGUACCUACGUAAGUUUGUGUUAGUAUUCUUUGAUGACAUUUUUGUGUACUCGAAAACAUGGGCAGAUCAUCUCGAGCACUUGCGAGUUGUUUUGGAGAUUUUGGCAGCCAACUCAUUUUAUAUCAAGCCGUCCAAGUGCUCGUUUGCUCAAGAGGUGGUCGAGUACCUUGGGCACUUUAUUUCUCAUGAGGGUGUUAAGGUGGACCCAGGGAAGAUCGAGGUGAUGGUGGGGUGGCCGAAGCCCACGAGCUUGACGCAGUUGCGAGGGUUCCUUGGUCUCACGGGCUAUUAUCAAAAAUUCGUGAAGGACUAUGGGACCAUCGCUAAGCCACUUACGGAAAUGACAAAGAAAGGAGCAUUCAAGUGGACGGAGGCGAGCGAAAAGGCUUUCGAGGAACUGAAGGAGGCCAUGACGACCACACCCGUGCUCGCGAUGCUGAGGUUUGAUGUGUUGUUCGAGAUUCACUCGGAUGCAAGCGACAUUGGAAUCGGGGCGGUUCUAGUGCAGGAAGGUCGGCCCUUGGCCUAUCUCAGCAAGGCACUCGGGCCGGCGCGCUUGGGGCUGUCCACGUACGUGAAGGAGAUGCUGGCCAUGGUCGAGGCGGUACGCGUGUGGAGACCGUACUUGCUUGGGCGACGUUUUCGAUUUGUUACGGACCAGCAGCCGCUCAAGCACUUGCUCGAGCAAAGGAUCGUGACGCCCGAGCAGCAGAAGUUCGUAUCCAAGUUGAUAGGAUUCAACUUCGAGAUAGUAUAUCGGCCGGGUUGCCAGAACACCGUGGCCGACGCAUUGUCUCGCCGGGAAGACGUGGCCGAGCUCGACGCAGUAACGGGACCGAUGUGGGCCAUUUGU